UUUUAGUUACAGAUCCAAUCUCGGACGAAGCUCGCUGACAUUGAGCUUAGAUAGCCCAAUAUCACUUGUAGAAAUGGAGGCCGUCGCCGUCAUGCGACCGGUGCUUCACCACUCAACUCACUAAUUCAUCCUCCAAGAGUCAAAGUGCCACUGACCAGAAUCUGGUCACGGGACACCACAUGAACCCAAGUGGAGUACCACUGACCAAAGCCAUCGAUCUAAACCAAAACCCACCGGCCGGCGACCCGGCGUAGGAAUCGCGCGCCAAUUUCCUCGUUCCUCGGACUCUCUACGUCGCUUCAUUUCGUUUCUAACUGAGGCGCCACCCAUGGCCGGCGGCCGAUCGCCUGCGCCGCGCCGCGCGGCGUUCGCGGCACUGACCACGCUCCUCUUCCUCGCCUGCGUCUUCUUCUUCCUGUCCGCGACCACCAUCACCACCUCGGCCCCUAACUCCCCGGCCGCACGCCUGGCCGCCGUGCGCCGCCACGCAGAGGACCACGCGGCCGUGCUCGCCGCCUACACGGCGCACGCGCGGCGCCUCAGCGUCGACUCCGCCUCGCAGACGGAGUCCUUCCUCUCCACCUCCUCGCGCCUCUCCGCGCUCGCCUCCCGCCUCACCCUCUCCACCGUCACGCUCCUCGAGAAGGAGGCCCGCGGGCACGUGAAGCGCGCGCGCGCCCUGGCGGCGGGCGCCAAGGAGGCCUUCGACACGCAGUCCAAGAUCCUCAAGCUCUCCGACACCGUCUUCGCCGUCGGGCAGCAGCUCCUCCGCGCCCGCCGCGACGGCCAGCUCAACUCCCGCAUCGCAGCCGUCUCCACGCCCAAGUCCCUCCACUGCCUCGCCAUGCGCCUGAUGGAGACCCUCCUCCUUGUCAACGCGUCCUCCGCCGCCGUUCCCGACGCCGUCGUUCCACCACCGCCUGAGGAGCUCACCGAUCCGUCGCUCUACCACUACGCCAUCUUCUCCGAUAACAUCCUCGCGGUGUCCGUCGUGGUGGCCUCCGCGGCACGCGCUGCCUCCGAGCCGUCCCGCCACGUCUUCCACGUGGUCACCGCGCCCAUGUACCUGCCGGCCUUCCGCGUGUGGUUCGCGCGUAGCCCGCCGCCGCUGGGCGCGCACGUGCAGCUUCUCACCGCCAACGACUUCCCCUUCAUCAACGCCUCCUCCUCGCCCGUGCUCCGGCAGGUCGAGGACGGUAACAGGGACGUGGCGCUGCGCGAGCUGGACUACCUCCGCUUCUACCUGCCCGAGAUGUUCCCGGCGCUGACGAGGGUGGUGCUCCUGGAGGACGACGUGGUGGUGCAACGGGACCUGGCCGAGCUGUGGCACCUCGACCUGGGUGGCAAGGCCAACGCUGCGCUCCACACCUGCUUCGGCGGCUUCCGGCGCUACGGCAGGUACCUCAACUUCUCGCACCCCGCCGUGCAGGAGCAGUUCCAGCCUCGCGCGUGCGCAUGGUCCUACGGCGUCAACGUCUUCGACCUCCUCGCCUGGCGCCGCGACCAGUGCACCCAGCAGUUCCACCGCCUCAUGGAGAUGAAUGAGAACGGCACGCUGUGGGACGCGGCCUCCGUGCUCCCGGCGGGGCUGAUGACCUUCUACGGCAACACGGCGCCGCUGGACAAGUCGUGGCACGUCAUGGGCCUCGGCUACAACCCGCACAUCAGGCCCGAGGACAUCGGGGGAGCGGCCGUGGUACACUUCAACGGCAACCUCAAGCCAUGGCUCGACGUCGCCUUCAACCAGUACAAGCAGCUCUGGACCAAGUACGUCGACACCGACAUGGAGUUCCUCACGCUCUGCAACUUCGGCCUCUGAAUUCUAGAGAACUCCCACCACACGGGUUAAUUUGAAGCCAAACUGUAAAAACCGACUAUUAGGGCCGUGUAGCUCAUUUUCCUUCAAAAGCUGCCACCGUCCUGCUUGAAUUAGUACAAAACUACAAAUUUUGAA